AGGGAAGCGCCGCGCCUCCCCUGCGGCAGCCGGCGAUGGACCGCGGCGGGCCGGAGCCGCCGCCGGCCGCCGCUCACCAGGUAGAAACAGAUGACCAAACAGCCCUUGUUAAUAAGCCCAAGAACAAAGGAGGAAACAGUGAUCUGGCAUCAGCUGGAUUUAACAUUAUCAACUCUAUAAUAGGAUCAGGCAUUAUAGGAUUGCCAUAUUCAAUGAAGGAAGCUGGUUUUCCACUAGGAGUACUGCUUUUAUUUGGGGUUGCCUAUAUCACCGAUUAUUCCAUUAUAUUACUGAUCAAAGGAGGAAACCUCUCCGGUACCAACACCUAUCAAGAGCUGGUCAGAAAAACAUAUGGUCUUGUAGGUUAUCUAAUUCUUUCAACUCUUCAAUUUUUAUAUCCAUUUAUUGCUAUGAUCAGUUACAACAUAAUAACAGGAGACACUUUAACUAAAGUUUUUCAGAGAAUUCCUGGAGUUGGACCAGAUAAUGUGCUUACUGACCGUCACUUCAUAAUUCUUCUUACCACCAUCGUCUUUACCUUGCCUAUAUCUUUAUAUCGAGACAUAGCAAAACUGGGAAAGGUAUCGCUUGUUUCUCUGAUUUUAACCAUUGUCAUCUUGAUUAUUGUAAUGGUGAGAACAGUAACAUUCAGUCCAGAAGUUCCCAAAUCAGAAAAUGCAUGGAUAUUUGCAAAAUCAAAUGCGGUACAAGCCGUUGGGGUGAUGUCAUUUGCAUUCAUCUGCAACCAUAACAGCUUUUUAAUAUAUGGGUCUCUGGAAGAACCCACGUUAAAGAACUGGUCUCGAGUCACGCAUGUGUCUGUCUCACUUGCCGUUGUUAUCAGUGUAGUGUUCGCUGCGUGUGGAUAUAUGACUUUUACAGGAUACACAGAAGGAGAUAUAUUUGAAAACUACUGUAGAGAUGACAACCUUGCUACAUUUGGAAGGUUUUGUUAUGGAGUUACUGUAAUUCUGACCUUCCCCCUUGAAUGUUUUGUGACCAGAGAGGUGAUUGCCAAUGUGUUUUUCCAUGGGAACCUCUCAACAGUUUUCCAUAUUGUUGUGACAGUAGUUAUCAUUGCUGUGGCGACUGGUGUAUCAUUAGUGUAUGAUUGCCUUGGAAUAGUUUUAGAGCUGAAUGGAGUUCUGAGUGCUACCCCACUUGUUUUUAUCAUCCCAACAGCGUGUUAUCUAAGGCUGUCCAAAGAACGAUGGAACCAUUCAGAUAACCUCAUAUCCUGCCUGAUUCUUGCUGUCGGUGUGCUAGUGAUGACAGUUGGGUUUGUUUUGACUAUCUUGCAUCCCCAGGAAUGUAGCCAUGGAAAAGAAAUGUUCUACUGCUUCCCUAGUAAUGUUUCUUUUCACAACAGUACGCUUCCACCAUAGGUAGCACAUCAAUCUCCAGACUAGAUCAAGUAUCUCUCGCAGCAAGCCAUACAUGCCAGUUUAAAGGAAAGUGGAACAAAGAGCUUUCAUUUUGAUAGGCACUAAGAAUUUUAAACUGUAUAACUGUAUUUACACACUUGGUUUUAUGCUGCCAUCCUUUUCCAGAUAAGACUUAAGUUUUAGCUGUUGAAACAGAAAUUCUCAGAGGUGCCUUUCAGUAGACAUUACUUUAACAACUUGCAAACCUAUCAAAAAAGGCUGCAUUUUUUUUAACUUAGUCUGCAGUGUUGUUUAAAAGCUAUAAAUGAAAUGU